AUGUCCGAAAGAGACAGAAACGACAUGAUCAAGGAAGCGCAGAACAAGAGAUUGAGUUAUCAUGGACGGGAUCAACAGGAGUCGGGCCAGAAGUCAACCCCUGAUCAGGUCGAAAACAAGGUUCGUUGUUCCAAGUGCGAGAAGAUUCAUGUUGGAGAGUGCUUGAAUGGAACAGAUGUUUACUACAUGUCUAAGAAGACAGGGCAUUUUGCUAGGGAUUGUCCUCAGCUCAAGGAGCCAACCAAAGGAAGGAUUCAGCAGUUACUACAGAACAGGGAGCAAGAGAGAGUAUCCGAGCAUUCAACAGUUAGAGUGCAGCUCGUCUACAAACAAUUCCGGGAACUCGGACCCACAGAGUUUAAAGGCACUACAGAUCCGAUCGCUGCAGAGGGAUGUAUCCGAUCUCUGAAAAUGAUCUAUGAUUUUAUGCAACUUACGGACGCGGAUAAGGUUAGGUGCGCGAUAUUCAUGCUCCGGGACGAUGCUCGAGUAUGGUGGGAGGGUGCACGACUAACUGUGGACUUGACUACGUUGACUUGGGCUGAUUUUAAGGAGAUAUUCUACGGGAAAUACUUCACCGUUGACAACAGAACACGGUUGGCACAGGAAUUCUUGGAGCUCCGCCAAGGAGAUCUGUCGGUGGCGGAGUACGUCAGAAGAUUUGAGAGAGGAUGCUACUUCGUACCCAUGAUUGCCAGCCCACCAGUGGAGGAGCUGAAGCACUUUACAGAAGGAUUGAGGGCGGCCAUUCGCCAUGAUGUCAGAUUAUGUCGGGUCACCACAUUCAGAGAGGUAGUUGAUCAGGCACUGAUGUCCGAAAGAGACAGAAACGACAUGAUCAAGGAAGCGCAGAACAAGAGAUUGAGUUAUUAUGGACGGGAUCAACAGGAGUCGGGCCAGAAGUCAACCCCUGAUCAGGUCGAAAACAAGGUUCGUUGUUCCAAGUGCGAGAAGAUUCAUGUUGGAGAGUGCUUGAAUGGAACAGAUGUUUACUACAUGUCUAAGAAGACAGGGUAUUUUGCUAGGGAUUGUCCUCAGCUCAAGGAGCCAACCAAAGGAAGGGCGCAAGAGUUUGAUGUGAUUCUCGGAAUGGACUGGCUGGUUCGGUAUGAGGCAGUCAUUGAUUGCAAACAACAAACGGUUAAGUUGAAGCUACCAAAUGAAGAAUUCUUUAUUUUUCAUGCAGUUCCACAACUGGCCAUUCCCCACGUAAUUUCUGUAUGUAAAGCCCAACAGAUGCUAAGUAAGGGAUGUGAGGGUCUUCUCGUCAACAUUAUGGUUAAAUCAGAGACUCGACGACCAAGUUUGGAGGAGGUGGAGGUAGCUCGUGAUUUUCCAGAAGUGUUCCCAGAGGAUAUUGCAGGGCUACCCUCGGAUCGCGAGGUGGAGUUUGGAAAAGAACUGUUACCGGGAACCACCCCAGCGUCAAAAGCACCAUACUGA